AUGCAAAGAGAUGCAUCAUGGAGAGAAACCGAGAGAUUAGCAGGGUUGGGAUGGAUAGUAACGAAUAAUCUACAGGAUUCCAGAACUCAACACUCCCAAGUUAGCAUGUUUGUUGACUCUCCCUUAGGCGCCGAAGGAAUGGCUAUCCGAGCAGCCCUGCUACAAGCAGUAGACAAAGAUAUCAGAAGCUUGACGAUUGAAUCAGAUUCGGCACAGCUAAUCAACGAAAUCAAUUCAAAAACCAUAAUCGCUCCGCUUCAUGGCAUUUUGUCUGAUAUAAACGAGCUCGCAAAUCGUUUUAAUGUUAUUGUUUUAAAAAUAUCCCAAGAACAGCCAAUGCUGAGGCUGAUGCAGUUGCUAAACAAGCUUUGUAUAACGUUGAAGUUUGAGAAUGAAUGA